UACAAAUCAGCACAGUGUCCAGAAAAGGCAUCUGAAUAUCAGAGGCAGAGGAGACAACAAAGCCCCAGCAGAACAGGCAAGAUGCAGAUGGUGAUGACUUCUGCUCAUGCUGAGGAUUCUGAUCAAACGCUUGAGAGAAAACGAAAAGCUCUUCUAGAUCAGCGCCACCUAGAGACAUACUACAGACUACAGCGCUUGAAAGACGUGCUUUCAUACCAGCAUGCUACAUUACUGAGGGAAAAAGUUCAAAGACAAAGACAAGAGAUGAAGCAACAUGAUUCCAAACUUAGAGAAGGACAUAAAGAACAGAAGCUUGUGACCAUUCAGAGGGCCACCAGAUCAACCCUCACACACGAUGAUGCAUACUUGAGGUGUCUACCUAAAACACACUACUACCUGGUUCUGGAACUGCAGAAACGGCUGAAACGACUCGGGUUUCUUCAGAGCCGCAGGGAACAGGAGGUGUUCAGGGUCUGGACAGAACAACACAGAAGCACAUGUCAACUUGAGAAGCAACUACAAGCAAUGGAACACAGCUCAGAUGUUACUCUUGGGGACCUGUUGAAACAGAAAUCUGGGUCUCUCCCGAAACUUCAGAUCACACCUGAUGACUCCACAGCACAGCACAAACAUAUGCCAGUCUCACUAAGAGGGAAUGAAGGAGGGGUGAACACUUUCCAACAGCAGGGCAAACAGAGCUGGGGACAAGACGAAACUGAGCUCAUGUUUCCUGAGGUUUUCACUCGGGAGCUCAAAGUGCCUACAUUUUCCAGUCUGCGGUCCACCUUCCUGGAAGAAGUCAGCUCCAAGAUGCUUCUUAUGAGAAGCUAUGAGCCACCGAUCUGGUCAAAGACCAUUGACAUUAAACACAAAACGAGAUUAAUGCACAACCUCUCGCUCUCUCAUAUGGCUGACACUCAGAGAAUUAUGGCAAAAAAUGGACUCGGUCUGCAAUGCACAGUUGGGUUCAGCAUUAAAGAAUUGAUGGAGCAUGAUUGUCCCCACAACAUCCAAACUCAGAAGUCCAGAUAUCCCACAGAGCCUGACUUUACGCACCUGAGUGAUAAAGGAACAUCUGAGAGCCCAGAAUCCUUCACUGAGAGUCCAAAUACUCAGUUCUCACCAAGUCUGCAUCCGGCUGGAAAAAACACAGAUGAAUCCCCGUCUAGUUCUGCUAAAGACACUCAAUCAUCAUAUACAGACAUGCCUCUAUGCAUAGCUGACAUCUAUACUAGUCGUGCUGUUGAGGUGGAAAACGCUGAUGUGAAGAUGUGGUCAAAUUAUACAUAG